AUGGGGUAUACAAAGGGUCUAUUGUCGGUGAUAACAAGAGACGGGGAGCCUUUGGUGAAGAAAAUGGCUGCGGUUUCUGUCUUCGGGUUCUCAAAUAGAGAUCUUUCUAGAGAUUACUUUUGUAGAAAUUUGCAUGGUGGAAGGUUGAACCACAAUAACCCCAAUGAUCUAUUAUGUGUUAGCCGUAUUCCGGUUAAAGCCAUUGGGAAAAUUAGUUUUGAUGUUUUAAGCUCAUUUGUUUAUGUUUUAGCAUACUCUUUUCUUUAUUCACUCUCUUUCAAUUAUUAAUUAGUGCAACAAAGUUUUAAAGCUUUUACCUU